AUGAAGCUACAUUCCUCCACUUACACCGGCGCCAUCUUCACAGCUCUGCUGCAGCCCAGAUUAGCGUCGGCGGCCUUUGACACCUCCAACAGUACCAUGUUGCUGUUGAGCAAUGACUCGACAUUUAACUUUGACUUGCUCACUGCCCUCGGCGAGUCUAUCACCGGAGGAGGCGACGUCGGGCCUAUUCUCGGCGCUGCCAAAGAGAUUGAAGCCGGAAACAUGACGUCCUUCGUCGACGUCUUUUAUAAGCUCGCAACCGACACCAGGGCUCAGGCUCAAGAUCCAGAUAAUGCCGCGGACCCUAUCAAUGUCAGGGACACGUGGCUUUCUGCGGCGUCGUACUUCCGCAGGGCUGACGCCUACCUCCACGGCAACUGGAGUGAUCCGCGCAUCAACAGCAUAUGGGCUGAGCAAAUGGAGGCGUUUGACAAGGGGUUGGCUGCCUUGCCUAUCCCCGGCAAGCGCAUCCGCAUCCCGGCCACCCAGGACAACUUUACCGUCGAGGCCAUCUGGUACGCUGCUUCCGACAGCAAGGACGACAAGCUGCCGACCAUGAUUAUCGGCAACGGUUUCGACGCCGCGCAGGAGGACUCGUACCAGAACUUUGUCGCGCCCGCGCUGGCCCGGGGAUGGAACUGCAUCACCUACGAAGGGCCAGGCCAGCCAACUGUGCGCCGCAACCAGGACCUUGGCUUCAUUCCUAACUGGGAAAAGGUCGGCAUUCCCGUCGUAGACUACCUUCUCUCGGAGAAGAAGGACGUCGUCGAUGAGAACCGCAUGGUCCUCGUGGGUAACUCCCUUGGUGCCUACCUGGCUGCCCGCGUCGCGGCCUUUGAGCCCCGCCUGGCGGCCACUGUCCUCAUCGACGGCGUCUGGGAUAACUACGAGGCGUACAUCCGGGAGCUAUCGCCCGAAAUGCUCUCCAUCUACGAGGCGGGAAACUACUCGCAGUUUGAUGACGCGCUUCUCUCGGCCCGGGAGGCCGGAGAGCUCCCCACCGGCGCCGCCUGGGGCAUCGACCACAGCCUGUGGGCGAUCCACACGCACUCGCCCUCUGACUUCUUCACCAAGAUCAAGCAGUACAACGUCGCGUCCUUUAUUAGCAAGAUCAAGAUGCCCGUGUUCGUCGGCGAUGCCGAGCUAGAGAGCAGCUAUGUUGGGCAGCCGAAGAAGGUGGCGGACGCGCUCGGUGACUGGGCUACUCUGCAUACCUUUAAAGGUGCUGCUGGCUUCCAUUGUCAGACUGGCGCUGGGCAGGAGCUUUCGAGGGCGGUCCAUGCCUGGCUGAACAAGACUUUGGGUAAGGCGGGCAAGGGCGACUGCAAAUAG